AUGGUCACUGUGGGUGCUGGUUAUGAACCACCCAAAUUGAAACCAGAUCAUUUACAAGCUUUCAAACAUGUGAGUUACAUCAUUACCCCACUUUUAAAUGAUGUCGAUCCAAAAGCAAAUAACCUUACACUCGUCAAUAUUACUCAACCAUUAUAUGGUACUACCAAGUUAAUUGGUGGUAAUCGUGUUCAGUACAUUUCCAACAAGUAUUAUGCAGGUAAUGACUCGUUCGAAUAUACCGUAUCGAAUGGUUAUGCCUAUGCCUCAAGUGUUGUUACGAUUGAAGUUUUGAAUAGACCUCCAGAACCAAUUCCAAUCUCUAUUCAAGUUUCGAAGAAUUCAAAGAAUAAUAUUAUUGACUUGUUCAAUUACGUGAGUGACAGUGGUGCCAGAAUUAAUGACAUUGACGAUGAUAUCUUGACCAUUGUUGGAGUUGGAAAUACCACUGUGAAAAACGCUCAAGUCAACAUUGUAGAUGCUCUCUAUUUAACUUAUACUCCACCUGCUGGUUUUAAUGACAUCGAUUCGUUUGAAUAUACCAUUACUGAUCGAAAUACGACUGUCUCUCAAACCAUUACUGUUGAAGUUAUCAAUGAUGCACCUGUUGCAACUCCAGAUGACAUUACUGUUCCUAAAAAUAAGGUCUCUAGUCUCGAUUUACUUUCCAAUGACUAUGACAUUAAUAAUGAUCACAUUUUCAUUCUUGGUAACAUGUCAGGAAGUGGUUCUAAGGGAACUGUUGUUUUUUCUGACGAUGGAUUGAAAGCUCAAUACUACCCUCCAGGUGAUACUCAUGUGUUCAUUGACAGUUUUGAAUAUACCAUCACUGACGGAAGUAAGAUGUCUUCGACCUAUGUCUUUGUUCGUGUGAAGAAUACUCCACCUUUCUCACCUGAUCAAACCAUUACCAUUCCAAAGAAUUCUCUCAAUAACAAUAUUCCAUUAGAUUAUCAGGAGAAGGAUAUGUUGGAUACUGUCACCAUGACUCUUAUUCAAAAACCUGUGAAGGGUACCUUCCAAUUACAACAACUCUCUUCCAUUAAUCCAGUGAACUAUUUGGGCCAACACUGGGUCAAUGUUCCUACCAAUUCCUAUAAUUUAAUUUAUUCGCCACAAAGUGGAAUGGUCUAUACUGAAGUUGUCAAGAUUAAGGUCGACGACGGUUAUGAUUCGAUGAUUGCCACUCUCACUCUCAAUGUUGUGAACACUCCACCAGUCACAGUCAAUGACACCAUUGUAUGUGAAAAGAACAAACAAGUUACUUUGAACGUUGUUGAAAAUGACUAUGACCUUAAUGGUGACACUAUUUUGUUGAGCACUGAUCCAAGUGAUUGGGUAUUGAGUGAGAACAAUGCAACUGUUUCUCGUGUCGACAAUAAUGUGUUGCAAUACACUGCCAAAUCUGGAUUCUUGGGCAAUGAUGUGGCCACCUAUGUCGUCACAGAUAGUAACUCGGAUGGUUCCAAUGUUGGUGUUUUGAAAGCUACUGGUUAUGUCCAUGUUCAAGUAGUGAACACACCUCCUGUGGCUUCAGACAAGACUUUUACUGUUCCAAAAGGAGUUGUCUCAACACUUGAUGCUUUGCAAGGUGAUUAUGAUCCAAACUCUGAUCCUGUCGAUUUUAACUCAACCACUGCAGUGAUUGUCACUCCUGCUGGUGUUUCAGUAUCUGUGAAUACAACCUCUCAACCAAGAAACAUGUUGAACUAUCCUGCUUUAGAUGCUGUUUAUCAAGACAAAUUCACUUACACCAUUCGUGAUGUGGAUGGAGCCACUGCCUCUGCCAUUGUCACUGUUCAUGUUGUCAACACGGCUCCAGUUGCCUUUGAUGACUCUGCAACCACUAAAUGGAACAGAAGUGUGGUCAUUCAUGUAUUGACCAAUGACUAUGAUCAAAAUCCUGCGAUAGAUCCAAAUUACUCUGAUCUCGAAAGUAAUGCUGCAACGGUUGUAGUCACUGUUGAGAACAAUGCUCCAACGACAAGCAAUGUGGUCGCCACAACUCACUGGAGAGACACCUCUGUGAUUGUUCCAGUGUUGGAAACAUCGAGUGAUGUUGAUUCUGAUCCACUCCACAUUGAAUCUGUGACUCAACCUCCAAAGGGAUCAGUUUCCAUUGUCAAACUCGGCGAUGGAUCUGAUGCUUUGAAGUAUCAAAUUUCUGCCUCCCAAGCAUUUGUUGGUGAAGAGACCAUGACCUUUGUUGUUUCUGAUUACUCUAAAACAGCUAGUGCUACCUUGAAAGUCACCGUGACCAAUACGAAUCCAGUGGCUCAAGACGAUGCUGUGACCUUGCAUUGGUCAACUCCUUCACUCACCAUUCCUGUGCUAAGCAAUGAUAGGGAUGACAACAAUGAUCCAUUCUACAUUAAGGAUCUCAAUCUACCAACUCCAUUCUAUGGUUCUUGUGUCAAGACUGAAAGUGAUUCCAAACUGUUGUUCACACCAACGGCUCAAUCGAAAGGUUAUCAAGUGAUCACAUACACCAUUACCGAUGGACAAGGAGUUAGUGCUCCAGCCAAUGUUGGUAUUAAUGUCACCAAUGCUAACAAGCCAUCAGAUUUGACCAUUUCCAAGACUGUCCAUUGGUCCACACAAACCGUUGGUACCAAGAUUACCUUAUUCUCUCAAGCUCGUGACGCUGAUGGAGAUUUGUUGAGUAUUGAUCUUGCAAAUUCACCUGUUCAAGCUCCUUCCUCUGGUGCAUUGAACAUGUCGAAUGGUGAUUCCAAUAACUUGCCCUAUGUGACUUAUCAACAACAAGCAGGUUUCAAGGGUAAUGAUGUAUUCAAAGUUAAAGUGACCGAUGGAGCCGAUACUGCUGUUUAUACUGUGAACAUGAAUGUUUACAACAAUGCUCCUGUAUUAACUGCUGCUUCUACUUCUGGUCACUUUAAUGUCUUCGCUUCAGGUUUCACAGUAGAUGCCAUUCAAUUGACCAAAGCUUCCGAUCUUGAUCCAGAGGAUACUCUUUCCCUUGUUUCCAUUACUCCAUCCCAAUAUGUCACACGAAAUGGUAAUCAAAUUACAUUCCUUCCUGUUGCUCCAUUCACAGGUACUAAGGUCUACACGAUUGGAAUUAGUGACGGUUUGGAAACUACGACCACAACAUGGACUGUCACUGUUCAAAACGUUGCACCUGUUGCUGCAGUCUUCCCAACCACCAUUCAUUGGUCUAAGGGUUCUGAGGUCAUUGAUGUUCUUGCUAGUAUUACCGAUGCCGAUGUAGAUGCUGUGAAUAUUACCUCUGUGAGCAGUGCUUCAUCAAUCUAUGGCUCUCCAUCCAUCAUUGUUGCUGGAAAGCAAUUCAUUAAGUGGACUCUUCCAUCUCCAACUGUUUCCAUGUUAGGAAGUACUUCAUUCACUGUGCAAUUCACAGACGGAUGGGCAACUGGUAGUGCCAUCUACGCUGUCACUGUUCAAAACAAUGCUCCAACUGCCAAGGAUAUUUCAGUCUCUCUCCACUGGUCUCGAUAUGCCACUGGUGUUUUGAUUAAUCCAAUGACAGAUGCUUCAGACCUUGAUUCACAAGAUACCAUUACUUUUGCCUCAACUCCAUUCUCUGCACCUUCUCAUGGUACAGUUGAAUUGAGUGGUAGUGACAAGUUGUUGUACAAGCCAACUGCAACCUAUGUGGGUAGUGAUUCUUUCACAUUUACUUUGACUGAUGGUUUACAAAGUGUCACAAAGACAGUGACCGUUGCUGUCAACAACCAAUUGCCAGUGUGUUCUGCCGAUUCGAUUAGCAUCCAUUGGAACACUUCCUAUGUAGAUAUCUCUGUUUUAGGUAAUGAUUCAGAUCCUGACACUGAAGAUUCUCCAAAGGUCAAGAUUGGAUCUCUUUCCACACCCACUCAAGGUUCUGUUUCUCUCCAAUCGGACACUCUUGGAAUUAUUCGAUACACUCCAGCCACAAUUCCAACUCUCACUUUGGGUACAAAGACUUUCACAUAUAAGGUGACUGAUGGUGCUCAAGAUUCUCUCAAUUCAGCUCUUGUUUCAGUACAAAUUACGAACGCACAUCAACCUUCAGCUCCUGUCUUGUCAAAUUCUAUUCACUGGAGAGAAGCUUUGAAUGGAAUUACAUAUUCUCCAUAUAGUGCAGUCACUGAUGCCGAUGGUGAUUCAUUGACACUUUCUUUGGGUUCAACCAAUGAUGGCAAUUCGUACAGCAUUGAGGGCGCUAGUGGAACUGUUCAAUCCAUCAAAUUUAUCAAGAAUACUCCAUAUAAGGGCAUUCAAACAUGUACUUAUUCAUUGAGUGAUGGAUUUUCUACUGCAUCAUCAAGCAUUACCACCACUGUGACCAAUGAUGUUCCAACCGCUCAAGAUAUUAAUCUUAAUUAUCACUGGUCAUUGAUUGGUACUGGUCUCACGAUUAACAUUAUUCAAUAUUCCACUGAUAACAAUUUGGCUGAUAUUGCAUUCCUUAAGGUCAACUCUGUUUCUGCUUCAAAUCGAUAUGGCGAUUGUGUCUCCAUUAGCUCAGAUGCCACCAGUGUUCUUUACAAACCAAGUAAUUUAGUUGCUGGAGAAGAUUACUUCACUUACACCAUUACUGAUGGUCUUGACGUUUCUAUUGCUUACAAAGUUACUGUGAAUAUUACAAGUACGACAGCCAAUCCAUCCGAUCAAUUCUACAAUGUGCAUUGGAGAGCAUACGCAACACCAGUCGUGUUCCCAGUCUUGCAAAAUAUUAGCUCGGGCGGUGAUGUAUUGAACAUUGACAGUAUUUCACAAAAUCCAAAUCAAGGAGGUUCUGCACUCAUUACCGAUUCUCAAACGACCAUUACUUAUUCACCACUUCAAGGAUUUAUUGGAACUGAGACGUUUGUUGUGAGAUAUCGACUUGGUUUGAGCUAUUCUCUCAUUACUGUCACUGUUAAUGUUUAUGACAAUGCUCCAACUGGAACCUCAAAGACAGCUACCACUCACUGGAGAACUCCUGUUUCCAUUAAUUUAAUGGCCAAUGCCACCGAUGUCGAUUCAGCAGAUGUUCCAUUCUUGACUGCAACUUCUGCAACGAGUCCAUCCAAGGGUAGUGUUGGUAGUAUUACUUCUGGUUUCAUCACCUACACACCAGAGACCACUGUUGGUGCUUUUAUUGGUACUGCUACUUUCAAUUACAAGAUUUAUGAUGAAAAAUUGUAUUCAUCCUAUGUUCCUGUUUCCGUAAUUGUCACCAACUCUGCACCAGUGUCUGGCUCUAAGAGUAUGAAUGUCUUGUGGAGCGACUUUGUGAAUGGAAAGGAAAUUAGUGUACUCACAUUGUCUCCUGCUGACAGCGAUCCAAAUGGAGAUCCAAUUCGUGUGAAGAGCUUUGGAUCUAUCUCUAGAGGAACUGUGGUUGCAAAGACUGGUAAUACCAACAUUGCAGUCGUUAAGGGCGUCAGUGGUGAAAAGUAUUUAGGUCCUGUCACAUUCUCAUAUGUCGUUACGGAUGAUGCCUCUAAUGGUGAUGUCACUUCUUCUGUAAACUUGAACAUUUAUAACAACAAACCAGUAGCAAAUCCUGAUUCUAUUACCACUCAUUGGAACCUUGCAUAUGUGGAUAUUGAUGUUCUUGCCAACGAUAAUGAUCCUGACUCGAAUACAUUGAGUAUUACAAACGUUUAUGGAUCCUCUGCAACAACUGCUCCAACCAUUACUGGUGGAAAGAUUAGAUAUUAUCCAAGAACUGCUUCUGUUGGAUCUGUGGAUACAUUCAAGUACGAACUCAGUGAUGGUGUUCAAACCUCAGAAGGAACUGUCACUGUCAACGUCACAAAUACCAAACCAACCACUCAAUCGUACAGUCAAAGCGUUGUGUGGUCUGUUGCAAAGAAUGGACUCACUUUCAACGUCGUUCAAAAUUCAGCUGAUGCUAACGGUGAUGCCCUUUCGUUGGUUGGUUAUACUUCAAUCACAAGCGAUCAAGGUACAUUGUCAACUGUUGGAAGUGGAUCCACAGCUCAAAUUCGUUUCGUUCCAACAUCUGGCUUCACUGGUCCAGUCACACAAAUUGUUUUCACCAUUACUGACCAACGUGCUACAGUUACUGGAACGAUUGACAUUACUGUCCUUAAUAAUCCUCCAGUCAUUAACACUGCUGCUUUCACUUAUCAUUGGAGACAAGCACUUCAAACCAAUACUAUUAAUUUGGCAACUAGAUAUUCUGAUGCUGACUCUGAUUUCGUGAAUACGACUCAAGUCACGAGCGCAGGUAAAGGAAACGUCUACUUGUCAGCUGUGAACACAGUGACUUACAAAUUAUCAUCAGCUUGGAAAGGAAGUGAUUCCUUCUCAGUUCUAGUCACUGAUGGUUGGACCACAAAGAGUGCCACAUUCCCAGUGACUGUAACCAACAAUGUUCCAGUAGCUUAUGACAUUACUGUGAAUGUUCAACAUACUGCUGCUUCCUCGAUCAACAUUCCUAUUUUGACACGAUCAGACUCUCUGAAACCAACAGAUGCUGACUCUGCUGAUUCAUCUCUUCUCACUGUUUCUUCAUACACAAGUCCCGCAGUUGGUACUUUGACUUAUUCUGCUGGUGCAUUCACUUAUCAAAAUCCACAAGGAAAUUUGCAAACCAAGACCUUUACUUACACCAUUUCUGAUGGAUUUGAAACUGUGACCAAGACCAUUACGAUUAACAUUCUCGAUCAAGCUCCAACAGCUAAUGCAGUUUCAAAGACCUCUCAUUGGAGACUCGUUCAAAAUGGAUGGGAUUUGAACUUUAUUACUGAAUCAGGUGCUUCAGACGCAGAUGGUGACACUUUGACCAUUAGUGCUUUCACUCAACCACAAUCUGGUGCUGGAACUGUUGCUAGAAAAGCUGCUUCUCUCACGAACUUGAUUUACACUCCACCUGCUGGUGUUGCUCCAUUGACAGCUAAUUUCAAAUUCACCGUUUCAGAUGGAAGUCUUAGUGUUGAGAAGAAUUGUCAAAUUACACUCACUAACACAGCUCCUGUUGCCAAUGCAGAUGUUUUAAUCAAGUCAUGGAAACAAACGACAUUUACCAUUACUCCACUCACCAAUGACAAUGAUGCCAAUUCAGAUCCAAUCACAAUCAGUAGUGUGGAUUCAGUAUCACGUAAUCGAGGAGCUGCUUUGACUGUUUCUGCCGAUAAGACCUCCAUUACUUAUACGUAUGCUGGAAGUGGUGCUACUGGAAAUGAUACGAUUAGUUACACCAUUACUGAUGGUGCUGCAACAUCCACUUCUACCAUCACGAUUGUGUUCACAAAUACUGAACCUGUGGUCACUAGCUUCAAUAAGGUGAUCAAGUGGAAUUCCAACUUUGUGGAGAAUUCAUUAUUGUCAAGAUGUUCUGACGCAGAUGGUGACACUGUUACUUUUUCAGGAGUGGUUCAAGGAACCUUGGGAACUACUGUGGUCAAUGAUGCCUCAGUUGGAAAGAUUACAUACACUCCAAAUCUUGCCAUCACGUACACGAACAAACCUGUUGGAUCCAGAUGGGAAGCAUAUGACACUGUCACAUUUAAAUGUACCGAUGGACUUGCAGAAAAAUCAGGAACCAUCUCAGUCACUAUUUGGAAUACUCCACCUCAAGGUUCAGACAAGAACGGAUCAUUUAAUCGACAAUAUUCGAAUCCAGUCGUAUUAAUUCCAUUCAGUACGUUGUUGACAGGUGCAUCAGAUGCUGAUUCAGAUUCAUUGACCAUUUCAUCGGUUCAAAUGUAUGCUGGAUCUGACAGCUCUUCAUCGGUCAUGAUUGAAUCUGGUAAUGUCAAGUUCACCUAUGGUCAACAAUUUAUUGGAACUCAAAAAUUCUACUUCUCGAUUAGCGACGGUCAAUUGUCAACGACUUACACUUACACAAUCACCAUUGUCAACUCUUUCACUUGUAUGGAUUAUACCAUCACAACCACAAAGGACAGUGCUGCCACUCAAUUCGAAGAUUCGAUUAAGGCCGCUUGGGCAGCUCAAUUUGGUACUGAACCAAUUACGAUCACGAUUAGCAAUACUGCCACGUUGAACUCUGUGGGUGACAUUUCGACUGUGAAUACUAAAUUGACUUACACUCCAAAUGCAAGACGAUCAUGCACAGGAAACGCAUGUUAUGCUUCCUUUGUCGUUAAGAAUCAAGCUGCUCAAUCUGCCACUUGUAAACUCUUUGUGAAUCAACCCAACAAAUCUCCAGUGGCAUCCAAUUGGGAAUAUGAAUUCUCUAUCCGAAGAGAUGGUAACGAUGUUCGAACAUUUGAUUACAUCAAAGACUCUGGAGCUCAAGAUCCUGACAUUCAAGAUUCUUUGAGCAUUGCCAUUGCAGAUCCUGGAACUUGUGCAAGUGCUGCCACGAGCUUGUCUAUUGUGAGCAAUAAGAUUUCCUUCACAAGAGCUAAUUCAUAUAUUGAUCAACGAUGUACACUCACUCUUACGGUAACAGACAAUGAUUUAUCUUCUCCUUCCUCUGUGAGUGUCACAGUUGGUAUUAAGGCCAUCAGUUCUCCUCCAAUUGCAGUCAAUGAUGAAUUCUCAACCAAGUACAAUACCUUUAUUGAUGUGACUGCAUCCUCCUUGUUAUUGAACGAUUACGAUCCACUUGGAGGCACUUUUGAAUUUGUGAAUAUUUAUUGUCCAGAUUCCACUAUUAUUGGUUCAUGUGAAGCUGAAAAGAUUCAAUACAAGAUCAAAUCACUUCAAGAUGGUACAACAGCAACUGCAGACGUGGCGAUCAAGUAUACAGAUUGUGUUUGUAGCAAGAUCUUUGAUCUUAUCUUUGUUUUGGAUGGUUCUGGAUCCAUUUCUGAUACCAAUUGGAAGAAUAUGAGAUACUUUGUGAAUAACAUUACUGCUGGAUUUAAUGUUGGAAGUGAUGCAACAAGAAUUGGUAUUGUUCAGUAUGGUUCUACAUCAACCCUUCACUUGUCUGUUGCUUCAGGAACAUCAAAAACAACUGUAACCAAUACCAUGAACUCGAUUGCUCAACUCAGAACAGGAACAGCUACUAUUAAGGGUAUCAAUACUGGUAUUGACAACAUGGUGAGUGCUGGUAGAGCUUCUGUCACGGACAAGUUAUUCAUUCAUAUUACUGACGGAGAGAGUAAUUAUCCAUGUUCAUGUUCUGAUUGUGUUGCACAAUAUGGAUCAUCUGCUACUUGUGUUUCUCCAAGAUUCCCAGCGAUGGAUUGUGGCGAUUGUGACUGGCAAAAUGCAACUUCCAAGUGUCAACCAUGUGCUGAAGCCACCAUUCGUUCCUCUGAAAUUAACUCAUGGAAGGCAGGAAAUCCAAACAAUCCUGAAUCAAGCAAAACAUGGAAUUACCGACAAUUAGCCAUUGGUAUUGGUGCUGGUGUCACCUCUAACUUUGGUAUGAUGCAAAUUCAAAAGAUGAACUAUGAUCCAUUGAAAUUCUUCCUUGUCGAUUGGACAGACUUGACCAACGUUUACAGCAAGGUCAUUGAUGAAGCUUGUAACACCAUUCCAUCCUCUGCCACUUAUCAAAAGAGACCAAUUAGUGAUUUCGAUUAUACCAUUACUUCAUCUCGAAGUGUCACUACAAGAAGAGUCUUUGACGUGGAUUAUUCCUCUACAAAAUUCACAUAUUCCAUUACUGUUCCUUCGAGUUCAUCCAUGGGUGCUGUGAAACGAUUUGCAGUUGCCAACUCGAUCGAUUCCUUCUCAUACACUUCCUAUUCACCAUCCUUCCCCGUCUAUUUAGGAAAAGAUAUCAUUUCAGGAUUGUCAGGUUUCAUUUGGGAAUCUUUACCAAAUUCCAAUAUUGUUCCAACAGGAACCACAAAAUCCUUCGCGUUGAGUGUGUGUGGAAAUAUUGCUGCUACCAAUGUCAAUUUCACUGUGGCUGGAGCUUCAACCUAUGCCGUUUCUCAAAUUCAAGGACCAAUUUCUUCCUCAUGCACCUACUUCCCACCAGCUGCUGAGGACGCUACGAAACGAGUCACAUCAUGUACAUCGAGUAGAUGUCUCUUACGAACUCAAUUUACUGAUUUCCUUAAUUAUGAUCAAGUGGUUGCCAUUUGUAAAUUAUGGAAUCCAAAUGGAACUCCUGUCACGAUCAAGUCUGCCACUGAAAAGACCGAAGUCAUGUCUGUGGCUAGUGGAUUUGAUUUCUUUAUUGGUUUGUAUAAGAGUGGAAGUUCUUGGAAAUGGAUUGAUGGAAGUUCAGUUUCGUAUACCGAUUGGAAGAGUGGAAAUCCAAAUAAUAACAGUCCAACUGAUUACAAUGAUUUUAAUGCAAUUUCAGCUGGAAGUAGUUCUGGACAAUGGGAUGAUGCACCUGCAAUUUACAAGUACAAGACUGUUGUGUGUCAAUACAAGUUGUAA